CGCAAAGGUUAAGGUCGGGAAACAUUUGAGAAAACCUGUGAAUGAUUUUGAUUCGUGUGCCCGGUUCAGAUUUAUCAUUGUGGGAAGAAUUGUUCAGUAAUCUGAACGUAUACUUUACAAGAGAUAAUAUCGUGUGAGGAUUUAUUAUUCUUCGGAUUAUACCUGUGCAUCAAACAGUGGAUUAAGACUGACUAAUUAAUUUGAAGAUUCAACACAUGUGCAUUGUGGAUGGAAGCAUUCUUAACAAGUUGAACUGUUACGUCCAUCUUUUGAAGGGAUGGGCUAAAUUCCAAUGAUAUCCUCCAUGCAGGUGUUUGUUUGUAAAGUAGAAUGAAUAACAAUGAGCAAUGAUGAAUGGCCGAGAUAAUGACCUCAACUCUGCAGACCAUCUCUUCGACCAGUUUGUCAGCGCAUACACUUGCAAGACCAUCCUCAACACAUUCCAGGAACUGUGCAGUGUUCUAGGAGUCACCAACGCUGACCACACGACCUUCUACAAACAGCUCAAGUCACGGCUUACAUCAUGGAAGGCAGUAUCUCUGUGGUCAAAACUCGACAAACGGGCCUCACAUCGGGAUUAUCAGAAGAUGCAGGCCUGCACAAAUACCAAAGUGCUGGUGAUCGGUGCAGGUCCCUGUGGUCUGCGCAUUGCUAUAGAAGUUGCCUUUCUGGGUGGGCGAGCCGUUGUCGUGGAGAAGAGAGACCGGUUCUCUCGUAACAAUGUGCUGCACCUGUGGCCAUUCCUCAUCACCGAUCUCAAGAACCUGGGGGCCAAGAAGUUCUUUGGCAAAUUCUGUGCUGGUGCUAUAGACCACAUUAGUAUACGACAGCUACAGUGUAUUCUUCUGAAAGUGGCACUUAUAUUGGGUGUUGAGGUCCAUGUUAAUGUUUCUUUUGAUGAAAUUCUCGAACCCCCUAAGGACCAGACAACCUCUGUUGGGUGGCGAUGUUUGGUGACCCCUAGGGACCACCCAGUGUCUGAAUACCAGUACGAUGUUUUGAUUUGCUGUGAUGGAAAACGAAAUACCAUUCCUGGCUUUCCUCGCAAGGAGUUUCGAGGGAAGAUCGCCAUUGGGAUCACUGCUAAUUUUAUUAACCGGAACACCACUGCUGAGGCUUAUGUUGAGGAAAUCAGUGGGGUUGCCUUCAUAUUCAACCAGAAGUUCUUUCUUGAUCUGAAAGAUAAAACUGGCAUUGGUUUAGAAAACAUUGUGUACUACAAGGAUGAAACGCACUAUUUUGUGAUGACAGCUAAAAAGGACAGCCUGCUUGAUAAGGGAGUUUUAAAAGAGGAUUAUGGCGAUGCAGCUACGCUGUUGUCUCAGAGCAAUGUGAAUCACGAGGCACUGCUGGCGUACGCGAGAGAGGCUGCCGAUUUCUCCACCAAUCACAAGCUUCCCGCCCUCGAUUACGCCGUCAACCACUUUGGACAGCCCGAUGUCGCCAUGUUCGAUUUCACGUCUAUGUUUGCUGCGGAAAACGCCAGUCGAGUUAUCAAGCGGCAUAACCACAAACUGCUUUUGGGCAUUUGUGGUGACAGCUUGUUGGAGCCAUUUUGGCCGACUGGCUCUGGAUGUGCACGUGGAUUUCUGGGCGUAUUUGAUGCUGCAUGGAUGAUCAAACGGUGGGCUUCAAACACCACAACACCAUGGCAUUUAAUUGCAGAGAGGGAGAGUAUUCUGCAGCUACUGUCUCAGACAACUCCAGAAACUCUGGCCAAGAAUCACAGCCAAUACAGUCUUGAUCCUAAUACCCGGUAUCCCAAUCUUCAUUUGAAGAGAGCUUUAAAACCAAUCCAAGUUCGUCACCUCUAUGAUGGUGGAGAUGAGUCUGAGCUCAAAGAAUUGGUUGAUAUUCCAGCCAAGAGGGCCAGAAAUAACGAAACAAUUCCACAAGUCAUUAAUGAUAGCAACAUUGACAGCUAUACAAUACUGCGAUGGUGCCAAAAGGUGCUCAACACAGACCAGUACCGAAAUGUUCAUAUUGUUGACUUCACAAGCUCUUGGAGAAGUGGACUCGCAUUCUGUGCCUUGAUACACGCAUUUAGACCUUCUCUGAUAGACUUCAACCAACUGAUAGAGUCUGAGGUGGCCAAAAACUGUCAGUUAGCGUUUGACACGGCUGAGAAGGAGCUCGCUGUUUCCCCGGUCAUGUCGGGCGAAGAUAUGGCCACGUCGGCCAUCCCCGACAAAUUGACCAUCAUUGCUUAUCUGUCUCAGCUCUUCCAGAUCUUCAAGUCUGAACCGCUACCUACAAUGCGGCUUCCAAAGCCUAAAGUUGUCAGCGAUGAAGCACCAAUUCUGCGCACCCCGGCCCGCAAGAUUUCAUUUCUACAUCGUCUCAGUUCUCGCCUAUCCAAAUCAAAGAGGAAAAAGGAGAAAGAAGAAAAUGAACAAAACCAUAUCUUUGUUAACAAAAAGCUGAAAGAGACCGAUGUGGAACUCACUAAGUACAACAAGCUGCCCAUGGAGGAGAUUGCCAAUAAACUGAUGCUGGACCGGAAGCCAGCGGAGAUCGUCUCCAAGGACAAGGAUGUGCAGAGUGCCGUCAAUGUCACUGCAAUGGCUGAAAUUCUUGCUUCCAAAUUCCGCGGAGAAGACAAGGUGGCACCUGAACCAAGGAAAGUUCCCGGUAUCCUGCUAGCUGCUCAGCCAGCCAGUGAGUUCUGUGCCUUCUGCAAGAAGCGUGUGUAUAUCAUGGAGCGCAUGAGUGCUGAAGGUGUUUUCUUCCACAGAGGCUGCCUCAAGUGUGACUACUGCGGAACCAGUCUGCGUCUGACCACCUACGCCUGUGAUAGGCAGCCGGAAGGAGGGGGAGUUAAGUUUUACUGUUUUCGACACAUCAAUCCAGAACGAAGAGUGAAAAUGAAACGAAAGAGAAUUCUCUGGGAUGAAGAUGGAUCCAAGGAGAACAUUCCGACAAUUAUUACAGUGGAAGCUGGUCCUGCUGCACAGGAGGAAAUUGUAUCUGUCAAGGAUAAACCAAGAGUUACUAUGCCUUCACCUCUUAGUCCACUGCAAGUACCGGAUGAUACAUUUGACAAGAUCAAUAAGACGCCAGAGCGCGUGGAAUUUGAGAACACGUUUGAGGGGCUGGAGGAGGAGUCGGAAGAGGAGCAGCUCGAACAUAACAUGCGUCUGUCCAUGUCCAUGUCAUGUGACGCCCUGCUGCCCAAUGAAAAUGGUCUGGAUGAGAGCGACACGGACUCAGAUGAAGACUACUUAUCUGAAGCCGAGCUAUCGCACAUUUUGAAUCAGUGGUCGGGUGGCGAGGAUGAUGUUCUGUUUGACCCUGUGGAUACUGGCCUCAACAAGUCGAUGACCUGGGAAGAGGCAUACCAACUGGCAUCGUCGUUGAAACUGAGACACUCGCAGGAAAAUCUUGUGGAUGCUGUUGAAAAAUCUGACCCUUCGUCAUCAACAUACACGAGGUUGAAAGAAGAAGGGGUGGAUAACGAUGACGAAGAUGACACCACUGAAGUUGAAGAUUCUGAAUACGAGACGGAUGAGGAAUCAACAGAGGAAGGUGACACCGAGGAGGAAGGGGAGGAGGAGGAAGAAGACAACAGUGAUGAACAGGAGGAGGACGGUAACAAAGACGAGAUGCCCCAGGACCGGCAACAAGAGCAGGCAGAACUUCCAUCCCCUCUCAAGUCUCCGUCGGUGUCGGCCAUGUUUGCCGCACGUGCCAACUUCUUCGCGUCGCCACCUGAGCCUGUUAGGAUCGAUGCCAUGCAUAUGUUUGGUCUGGACAAGCAGAAGAAGAUGGAAAAUGACACGGCGACAGCAGCAUCGACCGAGGAUGUCCAGAUGGAAAAUAAGAAUCUGAGCAACGAUGACGACCACGAAAAGGCUUCAGCUGAAGAGAGUGAAACAUCAGAAGGUGACGACAUCGACGGUGAACACCAUGACACUGAAGAAACAAACGACGCCGACAUUGAAGAUGACUUGGUGUCUGAAGAAGAAGAAGCCGACCUCGACAAGACUGCCGUCAGCGAGGCCAUGCAGAAGCUUCUGGUUGCCAUGGAAACGAAGGAGUCUUUGAGCAACUCUGAUGAGGACGAGAGGGUCAGUUCGUCUCGCAUCGAAGAAGACAGAGAGUCUGGCAGGGCUCUGGACGACACUGAACGCGAGGUGCUGCGCAGUGUGGAGAACAUGAACGAAACCGAGGACACUGCGUCGGGGGGUGAAAGCACGCUGCAGCAGGUGCUACAGAGCGUGCUCGCUAUGAAAGACACGGUGAAGGGAGAUGAGGAGGACGACAAACAUGCCAUCGAGUUCAAAUUCAUCGACGAAACGUUCGUGACCGACAGGCGAGGGAGGCGGAAAAAAAAGACCCGGUCAAGACGAAGCCGUUCGGCAGGUUCUGAUUCCAGUUUUACAAUAUCGACACCAUCUGGGUCUUCCCUCUCAUCGCAGAGUUCACUGAGAGAGGAGGUGGCGUACAACCAGCAUUUCUUGGACAGCGUGGGCGAUGAAGACGACACCAGGCCAGAUGACGAUAUGUUGAGAGAUUACACGGCAACGAUGAGCAUGGUGCUUGGGGAGGACCAGUCUGAGAGUGAAAAGAGCGACGGCAAAGAUGUGGAGUCGAUGGAAGUUUGUGACGAUAGAAACGAUAGCACCAUCUGUGAAGAAAAGUCCGAACUCAGUGAAAAAGAUGAGAGUAGUAUUUAUAAAACACCGAGCAGUAGCUUGAUGGAAGAAAAACACGAAAAAUCGGUGUCCGAUCAGUCGGAUGUUAUAUUGUCUCCUGAAGUAGUUGAGGAAAAAUCACAAGACGUAUUAGAAAAUAAGCCUUCUCUAUUAAAUGGAACCCCUCUUGCACCAGUAAACAAACCAGACGUUUGCACACCUUUAUUUCCUAAAGAGUCUGAAUCUCCUAAAUUUUCGAAGAAGUUGGAGCUAAAAAACGGCAAAGCAGAAAAUAAAAAGACAAAAUCUGUGCGUAAGUUACCUUUAAAACCAAACGCACUGCAAACUGAAUCUCGUCGCAACGUUGGUAGGUCUGGCAGUUCGACGACUUCGGAGUCACUAUCUUCUCCCACGUUCAAACAUCUGUCUGGGGUGAGUGUUUCUUCCAGUGUGUCCUCUAACCCGGUGUUCAAAGACAACGAUGGAGCUAAUGUUAAGUCUAGUGGAUCGGACAGCAGGGAGACUAGUGCUUCGCCCACUCCGUUUGUACCGAAACCUGUGCCUCGAACCCCGAAGCAAAAUAAGACUAAAAUAUCUGUCGACAGAAAUAAAUUCUUUUCCGAUUCUUCGUCGGAACAGCAAGGUUCCGAUGGAUCGGAAGUGAGACGCAAGAGAAUCCCGUUGGACAAGAGUCUGUUGGACAAGGAACCCGUUGUUUUAAAUAAACCUGUGGCAGACAGUAUGGAGGACGAUAUGGAUAUUCCGUUUGCAGAUGAAAGCGAAGUUGAUGAAACAUUCUACACUCCUGCGACAUCCAUGAAAACUAAACCCCAGCAGCCUAAGGAGCCGGCUAAUAAAAAUGUACGAAAGCGACUCUUGCCCACUCCACCUAAAGAUAGCACGACACCUGCUGUGCUAAGUGCCGAUCAGAUUCGAGAAAUUCGCAAAUCGGAUCUUGAAAAAGCAAAAGCGAAGGCCCGUGAGAAAGUGCGAUUGAAGAGUGACGAGGAGUUAGGCUUACAGUGUAUGAAUAGGGCAUAUAAUGCGCCAGCUAGUCGGGUGGCAAAAAAGGUGAAGACUGAUGAACGAAAUCGCCGGAGUAUGUCAUACUCGUCUGCCGAUCCACAGUCUAGUGACACGUUGGCCGACAGCGAUGAGAAUCGGGGACAGAGCACACAGACACCAAUAUCUAGCACAGCAGAAACUGACUAUUCUUCUGUGGGUAGCAAGGGGAAGAAGAAAAGACAAAAAACAGUAACAAAGACCCCUAAGAGUAAGAGUAAAAAAUCUGAGAGUAAGGUGGAAAAGUCUUCAGGCAAGAGUGAAAGUGAUAAUCAGAAAAAGGAGAAGAGAAAGUCACUUCUGUCCAAGUUGUUGUCGAACAAAUCUCCAGACAAGUCUGCCAAAGAGAAAAAUGUGUCCGAAAGUCCGUCGGACUCCAGUAAUCAGAACAGUUUGACUAAGAAAAAGAAAGAACCAGUGUCAAAGUCCGACAAGAAAAAGAAGAAAAGAAAGUCUCAUUCCACAGAUUUGUUAGAUUCCAGUUUAAGUGACAAUAUUAAAGGACUUCAGAUCGGUUCUGUGUUUUAUACAGCAGAGAAUGGGGUGUCAAAGACUCCCAAGAAACCAAGCUUUCGAGUUCCUGUUGCACCAAAAGCAGAAGUGGAUGAAUUUUCUGAUUCUGGUGAAAGUAUGAUGUCAACCAGUACUCUUCAGAUGAAAAGACAUGGUGAAACCGACGAGCAUCUGGCUCGCCGUCUGCACCGCGCGGCUCAGAAGCAACAAAAGCUGGCAGAGCAGAAACGCCUUCGAUCGGCCCAGGAGAUUCAGCGACAGCUCGAGGAAGUUGAUGUCAAACAGCGAGAACUGGAAAACCGCGGAAUUGUGGUCGAGAAAGCUUUACGGGGAGAGGGAUCAGAUGCAAUUAAAGAAGAGACACGUCUUAUGCAGGAAUGGUUUAAUUUGGUGCAUGAGAAAAACGCUCUAGUGAGAUACGAGUCUGAACUCAUGGUGCGAGCUCGUGAGCUUGAGUUGGAAGAUCGACAGGCUCGACUGCAGCAUGAAUUGCGAGAGUCGAUGCAGAAUGAGGCCGGUAGUAAGACUGAAGAACAGAUGACCAACGAGAAAAGGAUUCUUGAUGAACUUCUCGAAGUUGUGGAGCAGAGAGACAGUCUGGUUGCCAUGUUGGAUGAAGAUCGCUUAAGAGAGCAAGAGGAAGACAAAGAUUUGCAAGACAUGAUGUUGAAGAAGGGAUUUGAACUUUCCCCGAUGAGUUAUACCAAAGGACUUGGCAAGUUUGACACACCCCCUGCUACUGAGGGAACCCAAGAUCAGAUGACAUGACGGUAGUUAGACAAAUGCAACUUCCCUCCCCCUGUGCUAGACGAUACACAAGAUAAUGUGACAGAACUCUGAAACAUUCCUAGAAGAUACAUGAGAUGAUAUUACAUAACUUAGUUUGACACAUCCCCCAUACUAAAAGCCAAGUAAAAUAAUGUGACAGUAGUUUUGACAUAUCCACUGUACUAUAAGAUAUCUGAGAUAACAUGGUGAUAGUACAAGAGUGGACAUGACACUACUUUGAUACAUACCCUGUACUACAAGAUAUCUGAGAUGACAUGAUAGGUACUGUAGUUUGAUACAUCCCCUUUACUAGAAGAUAAACAAGAAGAUAAGACUUGGUGGUAAAUUGACACAUCCCCUGCACUAGAAUAUAAACAAGAUGACACUUUGACACAUCAGGGUGGUUCAACAAAUCCACUAGCCCUUUGUCCCAGAUAAUUAAUAUUUAGUAGGGGCUGGUGGAAAAUGUCAACUGUAUUGCUGUAAUACAUAGGGCACUAGCCAAAGCUUCUGUGAGGGCUAUAGUGACUUUCUCAAACAUUUGUCAAACACUGCACAUCCCCUGAACUUGAAGAUAUGUGAUGUUACAUGAUGGUAGUUUGAUACGUCCCCUGUACUUUAAGAUUUGGAGAUGAAAUAACAAUAUUCCGACACAUCACCUGCGGUAUAAAAUAUACCAUAUGGUAUGACUGAAAUGAUACAUCCUGUAAUGAUAUUUUGACACAUCCCCUACAGAUAAAAAUAUUGGAGAUGGGAUGAACUGAGAAGAAACAAUGUGAAACACUUGAUGUCUCCCAUGGAGACCGAUGGAUUUUAUACCAGUUUCCCAGUGACUAAAAUUAACAUUUUAAUACUGGAAAUAGGUGCAGAUAUGAUUCUUAUAAAUGUGGCAAGCAGUUUCCAGAAAUAAUACCAGAUUUUUGUCUCUCCAGCCUACAGUCAGAAGAUGAAAUGAAAAAUAGUUGUUAGCAAGGAAAUAUAUAACUUAUAAAGAGAGAUUUUUAGUCAAUGCUAAACUGAGUUUUAAUACCUAUUUGUAUGGUUUUUAUACAAAAUGAAAAAAAGAUUUUUUUUUAUAUUUGCUGUUAAACAGUAUAAUUCAAGGGAAGAUGGCCAAACUGCUAAUCUGACAGUGUUAAGACAAUCAUAUUUUGAUGUGGCAUUCUCAAGUUUAGAUGUAGGAAAAUGUUCUGUCAUGUGGGAAAGAAAAUUGGAACAUUCUUGAUAUACAUCUUAAGACUGUGGACCAGAUGUAUGACUAAUUUUGGAACAACUAUAUUAUUAUUUUCCUCAUUCCAUUUGAGAUCAGAUUUACCAGUAAAAUUCCCUUUAGAUCAUUGAAUUCUCCACAAUUUCAUGUUGAUUACAUCACAAAUAUAGUAAACAUUAAAUGUGAUAUUGCGACCACUGUGUGAUUGGACAUUUUAAAUCAUGUCUAGUAGACUUGAAGAGGCACAGAGUUGGUGGGGUGGAAAAAGGAGGACCUUCAAUUAGCAUGGCUUCACCUUGCCAGGAGUCACUUGUCUGAAAUGGUGCUAGGUGAACAGUCGCAUAAAAUUUCAAAUAACAUUUAUUAAACAUUGUAUAGCAAGGUGAUCAAGUUGCUGCUCUCCUAGAACUUUCUAAGUGAAUGUGGAGGGCAGUGGGCGUCGCUCGUCUUUCCUGGUGAAGAUUGUGAAGUGUUUUUUGAUCAUAUCUUUAUAUUUACAUCUGCUUAAGACGAUGUUUUGGAGAGAAAAUUGUUUGAUCAUUUGUCAUUACAUCAACUAUUAUCUGUAUCGAUCAGGUAUGCUUCUUAUGGACACAUCCUCCAGCAUUGGCUGUAGUGUGUGUUCAAAGCUAAUCGUGUAUUCAAUAAGCAGCUCAUAGAAGCUGGACAGGAUGAGAAAUAGACUUUUUAACAAUGUACCUCCAUAUGCUGCAAAAAUGUUUUAAUUCUAUUAUGUUAUGCAUGUAUUUUACUUAUUAAACUGGUACUCAUGGCUAAACCUUUGGUACUUGUGAUAUGAAAAUGCAUUGUAUAUUCUGUUGUCAAUAAUAAUUUCAAAGAUUACGGGUAAUCUUUGAUGUGUAGAUUCACAGUUUUAUGUGACAUACGAAGGCUGUAAUCUAAGUGCAUUUGCAUUUGACUUGUUAUGCGAGGUAAAUAGCUAAUUUAAAUACACAUUCGUUACUGUAACUUAUUCCAUAUUCAAGAUAUGAACAUAUUUAUGUUUCUUGAAUAUUGUUAUGUUUUUCUUGUUAUAUUUCUUGCAGUGAAAUAUUAUUGGUGGCCACACUGUUCAUAAAAUUUACUUAGCAGUGAAUUGUAGAACUAUUUGUGCUUUGCUAUCCUAACGCAUGUGAGCCCACUAUAACAAGCUUAUCUACGGCCUGUCAAUGUUUGUGGUAUUAAUACAGAAUCUACGUGCAAUGUAUCUCAAUAGCAGAGUAUCUCUACAAUGUUGGGUAAUCUGUAUUUCUGCAUUUUUUUAAAACUUUGUUUUGUGUCCCAUGUUUAAAAGUUAAAAACCUGUUUUAGAUGUGGUUUAUGUUUCUACUUGGACCUACCAAAUCAGUAUGCAUAGAAGUGAAUGUAUUCUGGCACAAUGAAAAUGUUUUCAUUUAGAUGUCAGAUCAGACUAAACAUCCCAUACUGUAAAAUCAACAACCGUAUUAUUAUAUUUAAUUUUUUUAAAUGUAUUUAAUUAGUAUUUAUUAUUUUAAUUUUUUGUUUUCUUCUGAAAAAUGUUUAAAAGUAAUUAUUGAUAAAAACAUAUAGAACUAAAUUGAUCUUCAGGUACAAUAAAAGAAUUAUUGUUUUUAACAUAAUUCUGUACAUAAUAUAUAUUGGCCCAUAUUAUUACCCUUAUGGUUCAGUCUGCCAAGUAUGGUAAUACCAGACCUUUUUCAUAUCUUUACUUAAUAUAAGAUAAAACUGAAUUUUUAUCCUAGUGUAUGCGAUGUAACCCAUUUUACCUUGGAGAGAUUAUUAUUCCAUUGAUAGUGGAUCAAUAAUUGACCGAUUCAAAGAAGUCUAUACUAGCAUUCUAGUUAGAUUAGAUUAUCAUUUCCUAAUUUCUCAGUUUCUCUUCUGUCUUAUUUUUUCCCACUAGAUCUGAAUGUUUCUCUUACCUGAAUGUUUUAAAAUUAAACAAAAUAUUAUUGGAAUAAAUAUUUCAGUUUUAACAUUUAUUGAAUCUUUGACCGUAAACUAUGUUCUAUAAUUAUUAGAAGAAAUGAUUUCAGGUCAUAGGUUUUAGCAUCGCCUGUCAUGGGUGCAUGUGUCAUCUUUUGCCAGCUCCUCCUUCCAGGACCGAAAAGCAUCGCUUGUUUGACCAUUUUAUGGGAAUUUAAAUGAGGUGAAUACAUUCUAUGAGAUCCACUUUGUUUUAAGAAGCUUAAAAUGCAAUAGUUGAUACGCUGAAUUCUAACAAACAGUUGACCGUAGAUUACAGAAACGGGAUGACCGCUCCAUUCUGUUAUUUGUUUUAAUAUAUUAUAAUAAUUAAAUUUCUGUUACAUUCAUUGCAACGUAACGUCAUCCGAUUGGUCCAGACGUAGCAACAGGAGUUUGUUCAUUUUUCGAUGA